AUGUCCCCCGGUCUCCGCCUGCCCGCCCGGGCCGCGCUCCUGUCCCGCUCCCCGCCCGAGCCGGGGCUCCCCCCCCGAGCCCCUCCGGUCCCCGCCGCCCCCUCCCCGCCCUCCCGGAGCCCCCCGGAGCCCUCCCGGCCCCGGGGCCUGGCCGAGAUGCCCGGACCGAGCUCCGCCGCCUUCAUCUUCGAGCUGCUGUGCCGGGGCGGCGUGCGGAGGCUGCACGAGAUGCAGGUGCACGGGCGCUCCCGGUUCGGCCCGGUUGGCGGGGCCCGCUUCGGGCCGGUGCUCACGGUUCACGUGGCCGAGCCCGCGCUCGUGGCCCAGGUGCUGCGGCAGGAGGGCCCCGAGCCCCGGCGCGCCCUCAGCUGCCCCUGGAAACAGCACCGGGAGCUGCGGGGGGCACCGGGGGGGCUCCUGACCCUGGAGGGUGACGCGUGGCGCGGCUCCCGGCGGCUCCUGGCCCGGGCCCUGCUCCGCCCGGGCGCUGCCGAGGCCUUCGCGCUCCCGGUGGCCGCGGCCGUGACCGAGCUCGUGGCGCGGCUGCGGCGGCUGCGGCGGCGCCACCCCCGGGGGCUCGUGCGCGACAUCGGCACCGAAUUCAACCGGUUCGGGCUCGAGGUGUCCCCAAUGUCCCCUGUCCCACAGCCAUCUCCUGGGUGCUGUUCUCCUCCCGCCUGGGCUGCCUUGGGGACCCUGGGGACAGCGGGGGACAGCGGUGACACCGAGGCCGUGCUGCAGAGCGUGGGGGCGGUGCUGGCGCUGACCCUGGUGACAAUGGCACUGCCACGUCCCCUCCUGCGCCUCGUCCCCGCGCCCUGGGACGCCUUCUGCCACGCCUGGGACCAGCUCUUCGCCUUCGCCAAGGGACAUGUGGACCGGCGCGUGGCCGCGGUGGCAGCGCGGGGGCCGCUGGCCGAGGGGGACACGUGUGUCACCGACCUGCUGGCCCGGGAGCGCGUCCCCGUCACCAGCAUCUACGGGAACGUCACCGAGCUGCUGCUGGCCGGGGUGGACACGGUGGCCAGCACGCUGGCGUGGAGCCUGUACGAGCUGGCACGGAACCCGGGGGCGCAGGCGGCCCUGCACCGCCAGCUUGCCACCACCGAGCGUGCCACUGCUGCUGCCACCGCCGCCGCGCUGGGACGGCUGCCACUGCUGCGGGCGGUGGUGAAGGAGACCCUCAGGCUGUACCCCGUCAUCCCGGCCAAUGCCCGCGUUGUCCCCGAGUGUGACAUCCGCGUCGGUGACUACCUGGUGCCACGCCAGACCCUCAUCACCCUGUGCCAUUACGCCACAUCCCGUGACAGCCGCUACUUCCCCGCGCCCGACGCCUUCCGCCCGGAGCGCUGGCUGCGGCACGGGGACACCAGGCACCCCUUUGCCUCCCUGCCCUUCGGCCUCGGCCCUCGCAGCUGCGUCGGGCGCCGCCUGGCCGAGCUGCAGCUGCACAUGGCGCUGGCACAGAUCCUGCUGCGCUUCGAGGUGCGGCCGGAGCCCGGGGGGGGGCGCGUGCGCCCCAUGACCCGAACCCUGCUGGCCCCCGGGGCCCCCAUCAGCCUGCGCUUCCUCGAGAGGUGA